GGCAGAUGAUGUUGAUGGUGUAGACAUGGCUUACAGGGUAGUGGCUGAUCAUAUUCGCACAUUGACCAUAGCUCUCUUGGACGGAAGCUGGCCAGAUAAUGUUGGAAGAGGAGCGUAUCAAGCACUCAACUUCAAGCAUGAAAAUCUGUCGCUGAUUCAACCCCGAUUCGUGGCGCCCCUGCCUCCUCUUCAACCAGCGGUACUGAAGAUCAUCUGGAGUAUUAUGUUCAUGAGUGUGGAGACAUCUUAAACCAUCAGCAUGAAGCUACCGGCAGACUCAACCGACGCUAAACACAUUAUGGAGCAUGUCUUUGCACAGGUGUCGA